GAACACCCAGUGGGGAAGGGAGGCUGUGUAUGGCAUCUGGGUGUCGGGGCAUGGGGUGGAUCUGUAGGGGAGCCAGGGAGCUGAGGAACAGGUAGGGGGAGUUCCAUAGCGAAAGAGGCUUCUGGGGAGUGCAGAACUGUAGGGGACCCAUGCAUCCAGGUAUCCAUGGCGGGCUGGGUGCUGUGCGUGACACUGGUGCUGGCAGCACUGGCAGGGGCUCAAGGCCAGUCCUACCAGGCUUUCCAGCAGAAGCACGUGGACAACCCCCGGACCCGUCUGCCAGCGCGUAAUUACUGCAACACGAUGAUGGCGCGGCGGGGAAUGACAAGGCCCGUCUGCAAGUUCACCAACACCUUCGUGCACGCCCCAGGCAUGACCGUGGCACGUGCAUGCUCCCGGACGCCCGAUGGCCAGGGGUACUACACCACCCCGAACAGGCUGAGCGUGACCAUCUGCCGCCUCAGUGGCGGGAGCCCUCGGCCGCCCUGCAGGUACCGCAUCGCACAGACGGUGCAGCACUAUGUGCGUGUGGGCUGCCGUGGUGGGCGUCCCGUGCACCUCCAGAAUACCAUCCCAUAGGGAGGCAUUCUCGAGGCCCUGGAAUGAUGCCUGGCGUGAGGGGUGCCGAUUCUCCCCCCGUCAGCGGCUCUGUCAGUGGUGGAAAUA